AUCAUCAAAUGACAAAGAUGCAGAAACUUAAUACAACAUUAAUGAUGAUGCCAAGGAAGAUUAAUAUGGGGAUGGAUCAGGAAAUAAAAUCACCACCAGAAAUAAUAGACUUGGAGGAAGUAAUAGAAAUAACAGGAAAAAUAGGCUCCCCAAACAGCAUCUUAUCAAGUGGUACCGGGAAAAGGUUGGGUGGUUUUAGUGCAGAAAGCGACGACGAAGAUGGCGGCAACGGUGGCGGUGAAGGAGGAGAAAGAAAGAAGCUUAGACUUACUAAGGAACAAAUUGUGGUGUUAGAACAAGCUUUCAAGGAACACACCACCCUUAACACAAAGCAAAAAUUGGCAUUGGCAAAGGAAGUAAAUUUAAGGCCAAGGCAAGUGGAAGUCUGGUUUCAAAAUAGAAGGGCAAGGACAAAGCUGAAGCAAACAGAGGUUGAUUGUGAGCACUUAAAGAGGGUUUGUGAGAAUUUAACAGAAGAAAAUAAGAAGCUACAAAAAGAGGUGCAAGAACUGAGGGCAUUGAAGGCCUGUCCCGAACAAAUGCAUGCAAACCACCCUCCUACCACCCUCACAUUGUGCCCUUCUUGCAAAACUGUUUCUUUCAACUCUUCUUCCGCCACAACCAAAGCUCCGGCCGGUGAAAUGGGGCGAUACCCGAUGGCUGCCUUCCACCGGCCUAUCCCGUUAAACAUAAAAAAGCUUUCAUUUACGAUAAACAAUAAUCGAGUGUUCGAGUCCCAUAUUCCUCGCUCGUAGUGUGACAGUAAUAGGACUAAUAACUUAUAAUAUUGGAGGUAUAUUUACUCAAUGUCAAGAUUGACUUAGGGGUUGAA